GAGUUUUGUCUCAAGUGUAAUAUAAGACCACCAUUGUAGUUACUUUAAAAAAGCAAUUUUCCAAUUCAGAAGUAUAUAAUCAUCAACUUACGACUUUUUGUACUGUAUGACUCUAUAAUAUCAAGAAAGUAUCAGAAUUAUAGUGGUAACCUAUCACGAAUGAAACCAUUUGAAAGUUUCUUAUGCUUAUUAUAUAAAGUUGGCAUUUUCCAACAAUAAGCAUAACAAAGUUUCUUUGGAAAGCACUAAUAAAAAAACACCGAAAUGACUGCGACCGAAUUUUCUACCAGUUUAUCAUCUAGCUCGUCUUCGAGCUCAAGCUCAAGUUCAAGUACAAGCGAAGAGUUCAGUUCCAAGAGAACUACUAUUUAUGAAAGAGUAAGAUUAAUAUAUAGCAGAAAUGAUAAUGGUAUUAUCAGUUAUAGAAGCUAUAGUAAUUUUGAUGUUUGUCAAGUUUCCGCUAUUGAUGUUGUUCUUACUGAGACUGCCAAAAAAAUUGGUAAUCUUACUAUGACUUGUUUUAAAGACUUUAAUAUUUGGGAAAUGGCUAAUAGCUCUGAUGAAAUCAUCUCGGGAGUUGUUACCGAAGAUUUUGAUGCUAAUGAAUUUGAAAUUUGGAUGAUUGAAUUAAUUUUGCGUACUACCAAUGUUAAAUUUCCGCAGCCUGAUGUUGAAGAGAGAACAUCAGAACGAUAUACGGGUUUAAUUACUGAUAAAUUUAAUAAUGAAUUGAAGAAUAACGUUGAAAAUGAUCAAUGGGAUAAAGUUGGAAGAUCAGUAUUUUAUAAGAAUGUUGAUUUUUUCACUUCAAGAGGUAAACCAUUAGAAGCUGUAUUACCUGCUUUCCCAUGUAAAUCGUCCAAUGUGGAAAAAGUUUCAGGGCAAAUGCCUGAUAAAGGAGAAGAAUUAGCUUUAAGAAGAUUGAUUUCCUUUUCAAAAUCAAUUAAAAAAGUGUAUCCACCUGGUAUUAUUAUUUGGAUUGUUAGUGAUGGUCAUGUUUUUAGUGAUUGUAUUGCUGUUGAUGAUUCAAUGGUUAAUAAAUAUACUCAAGCUUUAAAAGAUUUAUAUCAAUCUCUUGUUAAAGAAAUUGAUGAUGAAUGUGAUCCUAUUAAAUUUUGCUCAUUACCUGAUAUCUUCUCUUUAAAGACAAAGAAAUUUAAUGAAGAUAUUAUUGCUGAUGUUGAAUUGGGUCAUUAUUUAGGUACAGAAAUUGAUCCUGAAUCGGAGACAUGUCGUAAGAUAUUAGUUACUUCAUGUGAUACAGAUGAUGGAAAUUUAAAGAAGGAUAUUAAUACUCCAAAUCAUGCUAGAUUACAUUUAUUUAGAGGAUUUUCGAAAUUUAUGACAGAAGAUUUACAAUUACAUCCAAAUGUCGUCAAUAUGUCAAGAAAGAAGUUUAAAAAAACAGUUGCCAAAGUUGCUUUUGAAAUGAUUAAAAGAAAUGAUGCUUAUUCAAAUUUAGUGGAGUUAAUUUUCCCAUUCCAUUUAAGAUUUUCAAUUCAUGCUCAUAUCAAUAGUGGACCUAAAUUUGGUAUUCAACUAUUAAGUAAACAAGGUCCUGAAAAAUGUCAAGUUAUCGAAACCAUUGAUGAUCAUAAACAACCUCAAACGGCUGACUUAUUACAUAUUCCAACUCCUUGGCAUAAUUCCAUUGUUAGAAUUAAUAAUAAUGACACUUACUAUGUUAUUAAGUCUAGCAGAGUUAUGGAAGAAAUUGAAAAUGGAAGAGGUAAAGGUGGAUGGGAUGCUAAUAAGCGCCAUUAUACUUUUAUCUCCCAUUAGGGUUAUACCACUAUUUGUUUGAUUUGUUUAUCUUUUUUAUUUAUUUAUCUAUCUAUUUGUCUGUUUUGUUUUGUCUGUUUUAUCUAGCUAGCACAUACCUAAUAAUGUUUAAGUUGUUGUUCUCUUGUAUAGCUACCUUUCUUAAUUUGUCUUUGUUUUUAAUCUCUCUUAAUAAAUAUUGAAAUUAUCAAUCA